AUGGCUGCACUGUGGGAGAAUAACGGGCAGAUGGGCCAGUUUCCAUUGGAGCAGUGGUUUUAUGAGAUGCCACCUGUGACCCGAUGGUGGACAGUUGCCACGGUGGCAACCUCAGUUCUCGUGCAGUGUCACAUCGUCAGCCCAUUCCAGCUGUUCUACAGCUUCCGCGCCGUCUAUGUUAAAUCACAGUACUGGCGUCUCCUAACAACAUUCCUCUACUUUGGUCCCCUCAAUCUCGACCUCUUGUUUCACAUAUUCUUCCUCCAACGAUACUCCCGCCUACUGGAGGAAUCCUCCGGUCGCUCCCCGGCGCAUUUCGCCUGGCUCAUGUUCUAUGCCAUGUCCUCGCAUCUGAUCAUCUCACCUUUUCUGUCGCUGCCAUUCUUAGGUACCGCUCUAUCUUCGAGUCUGGUCUACAUCUGGGCCCGUCGCAACCCUGAGACCCGCCUUAGCUUUUUGGGUCUGCUGGUCUUUACCGCUCCUUACCUCCCGUGGGUCCUUAUGGCUUUCAGUCUGAUCGUACAUCGCAUUGUCCCCAAGGAUGAGAUCUGUGGCAUUGUGGUGGGCCAUGUAUGGUACUUCUUCAAUGAUGUCUAUCCAACAUUGCAUGGUGGCCACCGGCCUCUUGAUCCGCCCAUGUGGUGGCGUCGACUCUUUGAGCAAGGCGCAGACCGGCCGACCGACGCGACGAAUGUGAAUCAUGAGUUUGCCGCGGCGGCGGCGCCUGAGGUGCGAUGA